CAAGAACGCUAGGAUGCUUCUUAUUUUGUCGAAAAUGCUGUUGGCUCGCGGAGUGAGACGGCAAGCGACCGUGGCUUGAAGCUGAGCCACGCUAUACCAGGCUGGAAAGCCGAGCUGAAUCCUGGCAAAGCAGAGAUCGCCCUCGCCCAGCUCAGCCGCAUCACCUUGCGCUUCAGUCUUCAAUCUGCAGUCUUCAAACUGCAGCCUUGACACCCAACACCAUCACAGUGGGCAUAUAGUCUACUUUCCUCGCUUCAUUAUAUCGUUUAAUUCUCCGUAUAACUCUCCUUGAGCACGUGUUGACCAUGACGACACGAAAAGACCGCGUCAAACCGACGCACUAUCCCGUGCUCCCUUUCCAUAUCCUCCGCACCGCACAACUCGUUUCCUCGAUAGUAGUCGCAAGUGUUAUGAGCUAUUUCCUGUGGGAACUCAAACACGACCACUACCGACUGCCCUGGACAUUCCUUCUCCUCCUAACAGUCUCACUCCUAACCAUCUUCGCACUAACCGCCACGAUCGUGCUCCACUGCUGCUGUGGCCUUAACCCAAUCCUGAACCUAGUCCUCAACUCCGUACUCGCGAUUCUCUGGACCCUUGGUUUCGCGCUGUUGAGCUGGUGGAGCUCAGGCACUCUGUCGCAUGUCUGCAAUCGCAAGAACUGGGAUAAUGAGACCGGCGUUAGCAUCUGUAGGAUUUAUAAAGCGUUGUUUGCUUUUUCUUUACUCGGAUUCCUCUCCACCCUCCUAGCCCUUGGCCUUGACGUCCGCACUCACCGGUCCACCACCCGCCGCGGGAAAUAUAACGCAAUGCAAACUAUGGAAAGCAAGCGCGCGUUCGACGCCCCUGACAACGUUCUCACUCUCGAAGGCCCGGAAAGCAAUCCGAAUCCUUCGGCUGCCGCUGCCGCAAAGAAGAAGCCUAAGCGAGGAGAGAGGGAAGGGUAUGCAGUGCCGGAUGAGCAGUUUGCGUAUGACGAUGAUGAGAGGGAGAGGGAGAGGGAAGAUACGAGUUAUCAUGGUGCUGCGGGGCAGGUGGGGAGAAGGAGUGUUGAGGAGAGGAUUUAGGGAAUGUUGCGAUGAGAGGGGUUAUAUCCAAGGGGGCGGAGUUGGAGUGGGCAAGCAGGGAUAUUGAAUGAUCUUGGGUUAGAACCGGGAACUUGGUGGUGGAGUGGAAGGCUAGGGUCUAGGUGGCGUUUUGGUUCAGGAAAUCGUACGAGAUGCUUCUUGUCCGAUUUGGGCACCCUGGGUGGUUGGUUAUAUGUGCCUUUGAGCCUCUUCGAUUUCCAUUCUAUACUUUUCCAUCAUCUCGACUCCAUCUAGCAGCAGCAAGGAGCAGUCAGUACUAUGCUAUGCCAGAGCCCCGCAACCUCGCUUAAAGCUUACCGGUGUGAAUUUAUGAC